CAUGGCAGCUCUCAGUGCAAAUCGCUGAUUAUAUUUAUCCACACAAUCUGGAUAUUUGGGAUAAAAUAUGACUCGGAUUACGCUACAAAUGCUUUGAAUGUAUUAUUUAUUGAUUUCGUCGUUUUAAUCCUUACUCCGACAUGUCCACGCACAGCUCGUUUACAUUUUUGGGGGGUUUUCUUUAAAGUGCGUACAAUAUUUCCCCCCCUUAGCCAACGUUAGCACAACAAGGCUGCAGAUUCUCUUUGCAGUGAUUAACGGUCAUCCCACGUAAUCAUCAAAAGGUCUCCACCAUGAACAUGAUGCGUCUUAUGUGUCGCCACAAGACAGUGCUGUUCCUCAGCUUCGUGUGCAUUUUCACCAUUGUUUUGCUCUUUUUGGCCAAAUGCACUUCAGAAACCUUAAAACAAUCUCACUCUGACCCCCCUGGACAGGCUCCACAUGCUGGCUCUCCUCUUCACCACCAUCAGGAGGCGCUCAAACUCCCCCCCUCUUCAGACUUAAGAAAAGACCUCUCUGCUUUUUUGGUUGUCCUUAUCACCACAGGACCAAAAUACACAGAAAGACGCAGUAUUAUUCGAAGUACGUGGCUUGUCAAACGCGAUACAGAUAUUUUAGCUAUGUUCGUUGUUGGAAUUAAUGGACUAUCUAAUGAAGACAUGUUAAAUCUUAACACAGAACAGGCUCGACACAAAGACUUACUGCUGUUACCAGAUUUAAAAGACUCAUACGAGAAUCUCACAAUGAAGCUGAUCCACAUGUACUCAUGGUUGGACCAAAACGUCGAUUUUAAGUUUGUUUUGAAAGCAGACGACGACACGUUUGCUCGCCUAGACUUGAUUAAAGAGGAGCUAAAAUCCAAAGAGCCAAGUCGAUUGUAUUGGGGAUUUUUUUCAGGAAGAGGUCGAGUGAAAUCUGCAGGAAAAUGGCGAGAGAGUUCAUGGGAGCUUUGCGAUUACUACCUUCCUUACGCUUUAGGAGGAGGGUACAUUCUCUCAUCUGAUCUUGUCCGUUACAUCCAUUUGAAUUCAGGGUAUUUCAAAACAUGGCAGAGCGAGGAUGUGUCUCUAGGGGCGUGGUUAGCUCCAGUCGACGUGAAGCGAACUCACGAUCCACGGUUUGAUACGGAGUACAAGUCGCGUGGGUGCAAUAAUAAAUAUUUAGUGACACAUAAGCAAAGUUUGGAGGACAUGUUGGAAAAGCAUCAAACGUUACAACGAGAGGGACGACUUUGUAAGGAGGAAGUGAAGUUACGGUUGUCCUAUGUCUACGACUGGAGUGUACCGCCUUCUCAGUGUUGUCAAAGGAAGGAUGGCAUUCCCUAGGACUUUUAAUAUUGACUGCAAAAAUGAAUAUAUAAAAAUGACUCGUGCAGAAUCUUGGUUUGAGGAGUUUUGACUAGCUUAAAGGUCUUAUGUUAUGCAAAAUGGACUCUUGUGAGCUUUAAGUUAUGUUAUAAUGGUGUUGCCUCCUCAAAAACUGUGCCAUGUCCUCUUUCAUUCACACGUUAGAGUAAACCUUUAUUAUUUGUCUGUCUACAUCUCCAAGAUUGAAAUCAUCCAAAUUAUUCUAAUGAAGGUGUUAUGGAGUUUAAAAAAUACCUAUAUUACAGCAUGACAUCACAAGGUGGAACAGAGUGUGUUCUGAUUGAGAGAUUCAUCUUAAAUAUGCAGGGUUUGUGUGUCAAACGUGUGAAUGAAACAAAACACAGCUCCAGGUCUGUUGGUGAUGAAGAAACAACAUUAUAACAUAGAUCAGAAAAUAGCCUAAUAUGGGACCUUAAAUAUUUUUUUGUUGUGGCUGUAGCUUCACACAAUAAUACAAUUUCUGAAAAGUCUUGAAACUUGUAAUUUAAAAAUGUCCUACUCCUUAAAAUCAAUCCAUUACCUUCUCCUCUGUCUUCUCCUGCUGUCCUUAAUAUUUGGAGGGUACUUUUUGAGGUACUUUUCCUGUGUCACGUCCCAACACAAAUGGGAGAUUCCUGCCUAAUUUGCAUUUUGUAAAGUAAUUUCUUCUUUUUAUAUUUAUUUAUUGAUAAUUUAUUCAAAUGCUGGUGCUGAAGGGGAUGUAAAUGACAGUGAUGGUGGUUGCAUUUUAAGGUCACUUAAUGAUAAAUGAACUGUUUUAUUUCAAAUUCCAUUAUAUUUGUAUAGAUCAUCUCAGUUUGGACUGGUUAUAAUCCUGAUUUAGUAUUAGUCACACCUUUGGUCCUGGUCCUGUUUCAGUUCUGGUUCGGUCCUAUCUUAGAUGUGUUUAAAUCUUGAGCUGCAAUUACGAUAAAUUAUAGUUUUAUUUAUUUUAUUUAUUUAUUUUUUAUAUCUUAACUAAUUAUGGUUUGUUUAUGGUUUCCCCCAAUUUAGACUUUGAUCUAAACCUGGUUUGGUCCUCCUUUAAUCCUGGUUUAAUUCUGGGUUUAGUCUCAGUUUUAGAUCUGUUCUCCUGAGAAAUUAUAAGAAUACAUUGUUUUAAUGGAGAAAAAAAAAACAAACUAAAAACAUUUGAUUCAAAAUGAAAAAUAAAUAAAUAAAAAUCUUAUCAGUAAUAAUUUAAACUAAUCAAUGUUGAAUUCAUCAAUUAUCAAAAUUAUUGCUGGCUUUCAGAUGGCAUCACAUCAUUUUAUAGGCCAAUAAUAUUUGGGGGUCAGCUAAAGUAAAUACAGUUAAAAUUUAGUUUUUUGUUGUAAUAUAGCAAGUGAAUGGGUUUAGUCACCAAUAAAAAAGAUAACUUUAAAGUUUUGUGAAUAAACCUUUUGGAUAUUUCAUGACAAAGUACAAUGUUACUAAUAGGGAAAUCUGUCUCUUGCCCCCAUCUGAGAGAAUGACAUCAUUACAUUCUACAAUCAGGAAAACCACCAAUAGUUCAGUCCUGAUUUAGUCCUGGUUCUUUUCUGGUUUUAGUUUUGGUUUAGUUCUGGUUUAGUCCCAGUUUAGAUUUGCCUUAAACCUGCUGUAAUUUAUAAUGAUGGUGUUUGAAAAGUCUAAGCAAAGAUCUGUUGCAUUAAGAAAUUAGAAACAGGCACUUGGUCACUUUUGCUUUUACCAUGUCUUUGCUUUUCCAUAACUACAUUUUGUGAAUGUUUGAAUUGUUUACGUCUUGACUCAGCCAUUGCUUCACUCUCGUUAAAGGUGCAGUGUGUAACUAUUGUUACAGAGUCCUGCUUGACUCAUGGAGAUGUUAAUGAUUUGCUAGGUAUGUUCCAGACUAAGGGAUUAAACUAAUACAUUUAUAUAAAAAUGCAUCCUUCAUGUGCUUAUCUCCAUGACAGAAGAUCUGUUGCUACAUUUCAGGCAUAGCAAUAGGGGGCAAGCAUGUGGUGGAUCCUGCAUCAGAAAUAUUACACAGUGCAGCUUUAAAGUUGUUUGUUUUUUUUAUUGAAAAAUGUGCCAGAGUUUGGCAACUUUUCUUAUAUUGGACCUGUGUAUGCUCAUGACCAGUGUUACCAUAUCAGAUUUAUUUAAAGAAACAACAGUGUUACUCCAUGUUCCAUGAAUGUUUUAUUAAACAUUUAAAUGUCAAA